CUGCCCGGCCUCAGGCACCUGGACCUGAGGAACAACUCGCUGGUGAGCCUGGCCCACGUGUCCUUCCGCAACCUGACGCACCUCGAAAGCCUCCACCUGGAGGACAACGCGCUCAAGGUCCUGGGCAACGGCACCCUGGCCGAGCUGCAGGGCCUGCCCCACGUCAGGGUCUUCCUGGACAGCAACCCCUGGGUCUGCGACUGCCGCAUGGUGGACAUGGUGGCCUGGCUCAAGGAGACAGAGGUGGUGCAGGACAAGGCCAGGCUCUUCUGCGCGUUCCCGGAGCAAAUGAGAAAUCGCGCCCUCUUGCAGCUCCACAGCGCCGGCCUGGACUGUGACCCCCUCCCCCCUCCAUCCCUGCAGACUUCUUAUGUCUUCCUCGGGAUUGUGUUAGCCCUGAUAGGCGCGAUUUUCCUCCUGGUCUUGUAUUUGAACCGCAAGGGGAUAAAAAAGUGGAUGCACAACAUCAGAGAUGCCUGCAGGGAUCACAUGGAAGGGUAUCAUUACAGAUACGAAAUCAAUGCGGACCCCAGGUUGACAAACCUCAGUUCCAAUUCGGAUGUCUGAGCAGCACUAGCGGGCAGAACAAGGACAGCUCUGCAUGAGGUGUAGACUUAAGCUUUGCCCCGUCCUAGGCUUCCUCCACUCCCACCCUCCACUGUAGACACCACUGACUGGCUGAAAGCAGUGCAGGGGAUUUGCUUCCUUGUUUUGUGAAGUAGCUUGGUGUGUUCUGUUCGUGUAAGACGAUGAACAACUGUGUAUCGUGUUUCCCCUCCUCCUUUCCUUGAAACUCCUCGACAGGUGUGGAGGGAAGUUUUCAAGUUUCAGCAUGAACUUGGACUCUUUGCCUGUCUCUCUUAGUACCGUUCGAGGUGUAGCAAGUGUACACAGCAUUCAACAAAAGCUGCCUCAACGUUUUUGAGAAAAAUACGUUAUUCAUCAAUAUCAGUUUUAUUCUCAUGUACCUAAAUUGUGGAGAAAAUAAUUGCAUCCCAUAAACUGCCUGCAGACCUUAGCAAGCUCUUCAAAAUAACUCCAUAGUACACAGGAGCACCUGCAUCCAAGAGCAUGCUUAUGUUUUACUGUUCUGCAUAUUAAAAAUGACUUGCAACUUCAGAUAACUUCUUUGACAAAAUAAAUUACGUUUUUGAUUGCAGUUUAUAUGAAACUAAAGUUUUUUAAUAAACUGCAUCGAAAUCCAACAGAUUGAAUUGUUAAAAAAAAGUCAAUAAAGAUUCUUAAAAGAUUUACAGUGUGUUCAAGUUUGCUAUUUGAAAAGAUUAAGGGCAAUGAUUAUUGAAUGGUCUUGGUGCAGAUGAUAAGGUAUUAGAUAAUGUAGCUGAGAGUCAAACUGUCGCAAUGUCUAAUAUAAAUAGAUUUUGGAGAUAGUUUUGAAAUGGUAAAUUCUUUUAGGAUUUAAAUGGAGAGUUUGGAUAUUCAUGAGACCAGACUUCUCAAGGUCCCAAAGUUAGUGCAAUUCAUGAAGUAGCUCAUAGUUUGGGGCUUUUUCAAAGAUUAGUGAAAUUGUUGUUUGCACAGAACAAUAUGGUUUACUUACUAAAUCUCUCCAUAUGAAAUUGUUCUAUGGAUUUUUAGAGCAGACUGUGAAACAAAAAUCAUACAAAUAAGUACAUGAAGAUGAAAUGUCUUAAGUAUAAAAUAUUCUGUAAUAAAAGAUUUAAAAGUAUAAAUUUGAAAAUACUUCCUAAGUUCAUAAUAGUAAAGUGGAACUAAGCUUUUUUGGAGACUUAUUUUAAAAAACCAUUUACAGUACAACAUAAAGGGUUGAAUACUUAGAGAACCAGCUAAUAUGUUUAAAAAGUUGACAUGAUUGAAUGUGAACUUGAGGAAAUAACCAGAGAUAUAUGUCUACAUCUGUAACCAAGUGUCUCUAAUCACAGGUUCUUAUGUUCAAUUCAGUAUUUAGGAAUUUGAGGCUAUUGUAGUUAAGCUUUAUGUAAGCAUAUGCACCUUUGUGAUGACUGGGCCACAUUUAGAUAUAAAUAAAAGCAAUCAUUAAUUGAUGCCAUCAAUAAUA